CCAGCGACAAAACCUCCCACACGCGCUUCCGGUUCUGGCGCAUUGUUCAUUUAAUCGGAUUUCGGAUAAUAUUUAUUGGGAGACGUGUUAAAACACGAAGCUGCUAUUUAUAAAAAGAAUGGCAAAUUAGAGGUCUGUUAGAAAGUGCUUACACGGGGAGAGGCGCUGGUUAAUUAAGUCUUUCUUUUUCACUUUAAUGGGCAAGCACAACGUUCCUUCAGUUCUGAUGUCAAAAGGAAGCGACGGAACCAGAAGCCCUACUGGGAAGUUUGGAAGUUUUUGUACAUUUCCUGUGUGUGACGUCCUCGAUUUCUCCAUCGCGGCAUUUUUGUAAUGCGAGCGAAAAAGAAAAAAGGAAAACAUUAGGGCUUCCUGUUUAAUUAUAUUGCACACAGUCAAAAUGGAUGCAGAUGAACUUCUACAACAGACCAAGGCUCUGGCGAAGCACAUGUCAGUGUACCAACCCAGUCUUGCUCCUGAUAUUACAAGUAAUGCUGCGGUCUCUGAGAGCGCUUUAGAGGAACUAUUAAGUGAGUGUGAAGAAAAAUGGAAAGAACUUGAAGAGUUGCAGAAUAAGUUAACGCUGACAGAAACAGAUACUUUGGAAGACACAGGCUAUGAGUUUUCUCAACUUAUGACACAUGUGAAGGCUUUAACUGCUGAAUUAAACCAGUGGCAGAAAAAAGAACCUGAAUUGCUGUCUAAGAAUAAUGAUGUUCUGGUUGCUGUUGGAAAGGAAGAGUUGCAGAGAGUAAACAAAGAGCUUGAAAUGGUGUUGUCCUGUUGUCAGACAAAGAAUGAAAAAUUAAACAAAGAUUUGAAAAGUGAACAGAAGUGGUUAGAAGAGCAAGAAGAGCUGUUAAAGGCUGUGACUGACAAGGCAGCUGAACUGCAAAAUGAAGUGAUGGAAUUCUCUGAAUCAAGAGCGAUGCAGGAGCUCAAGGUGAAAAUCAAUAAAGUUAUAGCUUAUCGGGAAAAACUGUUGGAAAAUCUGGGGGAGUUUAUUGAAGAACACUUUCCUCUUCCGCAGCAGCAAAGAAAUGCUAGUAAAAAGAAUGUUCCUCAAGAACCCACUGCAGACCUUAUUUCAUUGCAUGAAAUACUGGAGCUUCUUAUGAACAAGAUCUUACAAACCCCUCAUGAACCAUAUCUAACAAUUGAUAACACCUUUUGGCCACCUUAUGUUGAGAUGUUGCUUCGAUACGGAGUUGCAUUAAGACACCCUGAAGAUCCAAACAGAAUUCGGAUGGAAGCUUUUCAUCAGUGAAGACGUGAUUUAAAUUUUUUUUUUGUUUGUUUUUUGGUUUUUUAAACCUGUGUGGGUAAAUGGUGCCCGUAUUAAGUUGCUUGAUCUUAAUCUUAGUAUAAUGCUUUCUGCUGUUAAGUACAUAUAAAGUGUAUUGAAAAAGCACAUCAUUGUUUGACCUGGAUCCACUCUUGUCAAAUCCUCCAUUCAUGUUGUGUCUAGUGUUGACACAAUGUCACCUUGUACUGUAUGUAUUUAUCACAAAUACAUACAGGUAUCCUACUUAAUUGAAUGACCCUGGAGAUGCUGACAAGAGUACAUCUAGUAAUAGUAUAUUUAAUUGUGUAUUGUUUUGUGUUUGACUGAAACAGCCAAUUGAUUUUGUAUUUUAAGUCAGCAGUCUGUGUAAGGAAUGGGUAUAAUGCAAUAAUAAACUUUACUUUAAUGUU